UCUCUCUCUGCUGCAGCUGUCCGACGCUCUCAGAGGGCAGACGGAAAACUUCCCGAAGUUGCCUUUUCCUCCUGCGGCGCAGCGUUUAGGUUUCACCUCCACCACGGCCCCCCGCGGCAGCAGCCCCGGCAUGCUGGACUCAAACGCCUGAAGGGCGGGAUGGCAUCGGCCGUGUUUGAAGGCACGUCUCUGGUCAACAUGUUUGUCCGGGACUGCUGGGUUAACGGGAUCCGGAGGCUCAUCAUAAGCCAGCGCGGAGAGGAAGAGGAGUUCUUCGAGAUCCGAACCGAGUGGUCCGACAGGAACAUUUUAUACUUGCAUCGGAGUUAUUCCGACCUGGGCCGGCUCUUUAAGAGACUGCUGAAGUCCUUUCCAGAGGACAGAAAGGACUUAUCUAAAUCUCCGCUGAUAGAAGGUUUGGUAAAAAUCAAAGAUGCACAUGACAUUGAGGAGAAGUUGAAUGAGGUGGAAAGACUUCUAAAGAAUGCCAUCAACAUGCCAUGCAAGUUUUCCAGGUCGGAGGUGAUGUUGACUUUCUUUGAACGCUCGCCGCUGGACCAGGUGCUAAGGAAUGACAAAGUCCACAGAAUCCAGCCGUGCUUUCAGAGUCCAAUCAACAUAUCAGAAAUCAUGCGGUCGAACGGAUUUUGUCUGGCCAACACAGAAACUAUUGUAUUUGAUGAUAGUAUACCAGAGGAAAAAGAAAGACCGUCCUCCACAGACUCUGGCGAGCACACGUAUGAUGACGGAACAGAAUUUUUGCCAAUGGAAGCAGACGUGUGUGACGGGGAAACAGAAGCGUAUGUCACCAACCUCUCCUACUAUCAUCUGGUCCCUUUUGAAACGGACAUCCUGGAAUGAACACUUGUGGAUGGAUAUUUCUCCUUCAGCUGAGCUGAACUAUGCAACUCUGCACAUAGCUGCUCCAGUUCAAUGCUGCUGCUCCUAAAUGCAACAGUUUCCUGAGUUGGUGAACUUUGGAAGAAUGCUGCAACAUCACCACUUCAUUCCCUUCACGGGACAUCACCAGUGUGCCUCAGUUGGAGUCUUAACUCUUUAUCAUAAAUGUUACAGAUCUGAUGGUGUCAGCUCGACUAAGACAUUUUCUUAAAAUGCUAGUCAUCCACUUUAACAGGACUAAAACCGAUCUGCAUUUGUAGUAAGCAUCCGGUUAGGGAAACCAUACAUCAGUCGAAGUUUCAAUAGAGUUGUAAUUUAUUGGAUCAUUCAGUGUUAAUGUAAUUGACCAGCAAUCAAUUCUAUUGACUGGGCUGGUUUGUCCUUUCUGGAUUGCACUUUUAAACUGCUAACCUGCUUUGCUAAGAUAUUCGUGAUGGAAUUCAUUGUCUGCUCUCCACCUACACAACUUCUCUCAAAACAUUGUCUUAGAAAAAAACAUUAUUUUCAUCUGUUUUCGCCGUGAUAGUUGUGAUUGCACAAAUGCUUUUCUAACAUGUCAAGAUCCUAGUUAACCCGGACUGAAUUUGUUUGGAUGCCACUAAACCUUAUGGAAGAAAAUGGAAUUCUUUUGGUUCUAACUUUUGGUCCUGAUAUUGACACAAAAAAUUUAAAAUUAGCCAUGUUCUGGUACCAAUUUCAAGUACAAAAGUACAUUACAUUGACAUCAUAGAGAUCAGUAUUAAAUGUUCUACAUAGUAUUGUGAUUUACCCCCACUAAACUCUCAUGCACAAAUGAUCUUCAGGAUACAGCAACUUCCUUUUACAAUAAAGCCAACAAAUAAUUUUCCUGUUGGAGUUUCUUCAGCACAGCCACCCAAAAUACAUACUCAUUUCAUAAGUAGGAAUACUGCUGAAAAUAAUCAAAAUAAUCAUUUUCUUUCCAAAGUCAGAAGGUGUUUCUGACUUGAAUUUUUCCUUUUGUCUUUGUGAUAAAAUGUACAUGUGUUGUUGUGUUUAUUAGAUGUAACAAAUAAUGUAAUGAAUGUGAGCCCUAGUCCUGAAAGCUAAACCACUUCAGUGCUGUUGUUACGGUUGAAGCGAGGAAAAGGAAGCUUUGUUUUCCAGCCCUGCUGAAGUCAUUUCUGUCCCGCCCUGUGACAUGACAUGAGUUUGCUCAGUCAGCUUCAUUUGAGCGUGGGAGUCUGCAGCUUGGCCUGGGACGGCUAAACAAGACUUUUCUUUAUAUGAAAAAGACAAAUCACUUUGCUUGUUUGAAGGUGUGGAUAAAAGAUCUUUAAUGGUCCUCCUGUCACUAUAAAGAAGACCCUUACAGUUCUGAAAACUCGAAGCUCAAAGGAGCAUUGUAUUUGGGUUGUUCUAGAUGUUUUCGUUUCUAUGUAAGCUAACAGCUUGUGCCCAGGUUUCUGCCACAGCAAUUACAAAAGCAUUCACAUACUUGGCACAUGAGCGGGGAGCAUGUCCUCCGCAUCAGCCCAUGCAGCUACUCAGUCUUGAUCUCUAUUCACCCCGUGAGAAAGUGCAGCUCUUUUAAGGGUGAAACACAACAGCAUCCCUUAUUUUUUAGUGAGAUUACAUUCUGAAGCAGCACAUUACCUACAUUUUUGCUUUGCAAAGGUCUGUUACAAAACCAUGUCAGGACCAAAAACUUUCAUUUUUGAAACUUGUAAGUCAGCUAGAAAGUUAAUUUAAGAUGCUUCUGCUUCCUCAGUGCAUAAAGUUGUGACUGCAGUUGUACUAAAGAAGUGCAAUGUAGCAAAGGAAAUGAGGAACAAAUUGCUGGUACUUUAAUUUCUGUGGUAUUUUCCCACAUAUCAAUGCCUAAUGUGCCAGCUUUGUGUUUAGGAGUAAUUAAAGCAAAAUGGAAUAUAAUAUAACAAGAAUACAUAUGUAAUGUUCAGCCACUUUCUGUGAAUCAAACAAUUCUCUAUAAUGUUAUUGUUUGCUUUCGUUAUGUGUCAUUUGAGGAGCUAAUUUGCAAUGUAAAUAUAUUUUAAUGAAGGUAACUAAUUAUUAAGUGGUUUGAUAACCUUGAAACAAUUCAGUGUUAGAUUCAGAUUAUCACUCAGAGAUUUUCUCAGACAAAUAAAUAUGUUUUCAAUAAAUUA